AUGCAUCUCCUCCUUCUCUCCCUCGUCUCCCUGCUACCCCUAUCCCAGGCCGCGCCACAGGCCACCCUGGGCAACCUCGACUUCCCCGACCCGUCCAUCACGUACGAUCCACAGACCCGAGCCUGGUACGCCUUCGCCACCCAAGGCAACGGCCACCACGUACAGGCCGCCAAGGCCGCCUCGCCCUCCGGCCCGUGGACGUACCUCAGCAACACCGACCUGCUUCCGACGCCUCCAAGCUGGGCCAGCACGCCGGACCCGGCCAUCUGGGCGCCGGACGUGCACUACCUGCGCGCGACCGACUCGUUCGUGCUCUACUUCGCGGCGCUGCAGCCCGCGGCGGCGGGCGGGCGGCACUGCGUGGGCGCGGCGACGGCGCGCAACAUCACGGGCCCGUUCGCGCCGCUGGCGACGCCGCUGGCCUGUCCCGUCGCCGAGGGCGGCGCGAUCGACCCGGCCGGGUUCGAGGACGACGCGGACGGGUCGCGCUGGGUGCUGUACAAGGUCGACGGCAACGCCGCGGGGCCCGGCGGGCCGUGCGGCAACGGCGACGCGCCCGGCCGCCCGACGCCCAUCCGCCUGCAGCGGGUCGACAGCCGGGACGGGGUCACGGUCGUCGGCGAGCCGGUGACGCUGCUGGAUCGCGACGCGGCCGAGGACGGACCGCUGGUGGAGGCGCCCAGCUUGGUCAAGCUCGGGCCGGGCAGGUUUGCGCUGUGUUACUCGUCGCAUUGCUUCAACACGGCCGACUACGAUGUGCGGUAUGCCACGGCGGAGAGCAUCCAGGGGCCGUACACGAGGCGGGGGCAGUUGAUUGGGAAGCAGGCCGGCGCGUUCGGGCUGGUGGCGCCGGGCGGAGCGACGGGUAUCGCAGGCGGAGGCGGGCUCGUGUUCCAUGCGAACUGCCCGGCUGGGAGGUGCAUGUAUGAGACGGAGUAUGCGGUGGGCGGUGACGGGGCGAUCAGCAUCCCGGCUGGGUUGAGAGCCAUUGACCUCUGCGGGUGA